AAAACAACAUCUCACCUUCUUUCUCUAGUCCAAGUGCUGGAGCACGUUUGAGUGACCAUGGAGUGCUUUUGCUGUCAUGUAGUUCAGCGUUAAUACGGCGUGAAUAUUAGAAGAGGGGGACUUUCGCGUGGAUACGAGGAGUCACAGUCGAGCCAUGGCUGCACGGGAGGAAGGAGAGGUUUUGCACAGUAAAACAAGGCACCACGACGGAGCUGGAAGUGUAAACAGCUCAGAGGGCUUCAGGAACGGCUACGUGAAGAGCUGCGUCACCCCUCUCAAACAGGACCAUCCGAGGGGAUUUUUGUUCAACGUGUGCAACGUUAGGUUUUACAACGAAGACAACUCCAAAUUGUUAAAGUUCUCUGCCCUCUACGUCGGCGCGUUUGUGGUCUUCGCGGUGUCUUUCCUAAUUUCUAGGAGCUUGCAAAGUGACUCGCUUUGGGAUUUGCGGACUUUUUUGUCGGGCUUCUCCCAGUCCAUCAGUCCUUUAUUCAGCGUGGGAUGUGCUUUCUUCUUCCUAACGUUUUACCUGAGGAGGAAAAAGAAGGAGAGCAGUAAAUGUUGGCUCGUGUCACUGCCAGCAUCGUGUUACCUCGGGGAUUUUUUGGUGUUGCGGUUUUUGCAAUGGGGAGAGGACCAACACCAGAUGCAAAUGGUGGGCAGGUUGUUAUUCGUGUUGGGAUGUGUAGGUCUGCUCACCCUCAUCCCCACUCUGAAACUCAAACACAGUGUUCUUAUACUGUUUUUCGCCAGCGUUGUGUGGCUUGUUUCUUUCACAAGUUUGAGCGGUCUGCCCGCACUGCUAAGACCUCUCCUUGCCUGCUUUGCCGGGGUUUCGGGCUCCCUGUUGGGGCUCUGUUUCGACCGUUACUACCCGUCGAGGGAAGCACCGAGUGGGAUUUCCACCGCGGAGGAAAAGGUCCCUGUGAUCAGACCUAGGAGAAGGUCCAGUUGUGUUUCACUGGGGGAAACGUCGACCAGCUAUUAUGGCAGUUGUAAAAUGCCUCGCAGACCUUCGUUGCCCUGUAUAUCCAGAGAACAGAUGAUCUUGUGGGACUGGGAUCUGAAACACUGGUACAAACCACAAUAUCAGGGUGCAGUGAGUGGCAACGGCGUGGAUCUUUCAGUCAUCAACGAGGCCAGGAACCUGGUGUCAGACCUGCUGAUGGACUCUUCUCUUUCACCACACACCAUCUCAGGCCUGCGCAGCAUCUCAAGCCUCAUGGGGACAUUUUCAGGCUCCUGCCGGCCCAGGGUCAACCCUUUCACCCCAUUCCCGGGUUUCUACCCCUGUGAUGAAGUGGAGGACUCGGUAGAGAGGAUUGACAGGAAACCCAUAAAGGGUUUGAGCAGCAGAAACAGCCUUCCCACCCCUCAGCCCAGGCGCAGCUCCACCUCCUCCUCCUCCUCGUGCUCUGCACUCCCACCUCUUGACCCUUCGUCUUUACGCUGGGAACGCAACAGUGGCAAGAGACCCCACCAGGACCUCAACCUGACCAGCUCUGGUCUGUCUAAUGGGCCCAAUCCAAAUCUGCUCACCAUUCCCAAGCAGAGAUCUUCCUCUGUUACCCUCACCUAUCAUGCAGGGUCCAGGAGAGCAGGCGCCUCUCCGAGCCUGAGUCCACUCACCUCCCCAAGCCACGGUCCUCUCGCAGUAGGCGCAGGUUCUUCGUCGUCUCUUGUCACUCGUUCGCCUGUGGAGUUCCCAGACACAGCUGACUUCCUGACAAAGCCAAGUGUCAAUCUGAACCUGCACAAGCCUUUGGGCUACACCCUAAGCUCGCCUGAUUUCCAGCAGGCCUUCCGUAGCUCCAUCUUCCCUCCUCACCUGUGCACCAGCUGUGGUCGUCAGAUGCUCAAGGGCGUUUCCAGCGGCGAUACAGGGGAUUCCUAUCAACCAUUUGCCAAUGAGGCUCAACGCAGGCGCUCAGCGGCUGAAGAGUUCCCAGGAGAGCCUCUGAUCAGGGAGGAGAGCGUGGAGGCGGACUUGUCUGGGGACGGGAGGCUAGGCGUUGCAGGGAACCAGGGGCAGGCGGAGGAGGAGAUGCUGAAGAGCUCGAGCACAGACCAACAGACUCAGGAAUCAGAGGGUGAGCAGGAGUUCAAAGUAGAUCCUAUGCUGGAGGAACAUGAGGCUCUCAUGGAGAGGAUGAACACCUGGAACUUCCAGAUCUUUGACCUGGUGGACCGAACGGGAGGGAAGAGCGGAAGGAUACUCAGCUAUGUGACUUACACCCUAUUCCAGGAUACAUGUCUGUUUGAAAUUUUCAAGAUCCCAGUGAGGGAGUUCAUGGCAUACUUCUGUGCUCUGGAAAGUGGCUACAGGGACAUUCCCUAUCACAACAGGGUCCAUGCUACUGAUGUGCUCCAUGCUGUCUGGUACCUGACCACUCGACCAAUUCCCGGGUUCCAGCAGAUUCACAGUGAGCAUGUGACAGGAAGUGACACAGAUUCAGAUAGUGGGAUCUCUCCAGGCAGGAUAUCCUACGCCUCCUCCAAAAGCUCCUCAAUUUCAGAUGACAGCUAUGGCUGCCUGGCCUGGAACAUACCUGCCCUGGAGCUCAUGGCCCUUUAUGUAGCAGCUGCAAUGCACGACUAUGACCAUCCCGGUCGCACAAAUGCCUUUCUAGUAGCCACUAAUGCACCUCAGGCGGUACUGUACAAUGACAGGUCGGUGCUGGAGAACCACCACGCUGCGUCUGCCUGGAGCCUCUAUCUUUCCCGGCCCGAGUUCAACUUCCUGGUCAACCUGGAUCACGUGGAGUUCAAGCGUUUUCGCUUCCUCGUCAUCGAGGCUAUACUGGCCACAGACCUCAAGAAGCACUUUGACUUCCUGGCUGAGUUCAAUGCCAAGGUGAAUGAUGUGAACAGUCCAGGAAUUGAUUGGACCAAUGAGAACGACAGGCUGCUGGUGUGCCAAGUGUGUAUCAAGCUGGCAGAUAUCAAUGGGCCGGCCAAAGUUCGUGACCUACACCUCAAGUGGACAGAAGGCAUUGUCAAUGAGUUUUAUGAGCAGGGUGAUGAGGAAGCUGGGUUGGGAUUACCCAUCAGCCCUUUCAUGGACCGCUCCUCCCCGCAGCUGGCAAAGCUACAGGAGUCCUUCAUAACCCAUAUUGUAGGACCACUUUGUAACUCCUACGACGCCGCUGGCCUUCUUCCCGGCCACUGGAUUAAUGGAGAGGGAUCAGAUGAAGAUGAUGACGAGGGGCAGGUGGACACAGACACAGAUGAAGAUGAGGAUGACGAGCUAGAAGACGGGCUGGCCCCAAAAAGGAGGAAGAGGCGCCGCAGGUUGUUCUGCAGCAUCAUGCAGCACCUGACAGAGAACCACAAGGUGUGGAAGAAGACCAUCGAGGAGGAGGAGAAGAGCAAAGAGCUGGGCAAACAGCAGCAGCCUGACGGCCUCCUCCCCAGCCUGCCAGCCAGCCUGCCCACCUCCCCGUCAGAUGACAUCCAGGUCAUCCAGGAGGAGGAGGAGGGAGAGGAGCGUCAGUAGCAGGAGGAAGAAGGAAAAGGACAGAGUCGCAUGAAAAAGAAGAGGAGAGGCAGUCCCUCAACCACCUGCCUUUCACCAACACACACACACACACACACUCACAGACACACACACACAGGUGACAAAUGCACAUAAAACACACGUUGCUCUCUCUCU